GCGGCCUGAGGUGCAGAGGCUUCCGAUGAGACUGAGGAAAGGAGGAAAAGAGACCUUCCUAAAGUCACAGAAUAAUUGUUAGGGCUGGACAAGAAUCCAAUCCUGUAACUGCAGAGAUCAGAGAUCUUUCUGUUACAUUCUUGGGAAGCAGAUUCUAAGAUCUUUGUACAUUAUCUUGUUGGGGGGAAAUGCCUAAAGUCAAAAGAAGCCGGAAAGCACCUCCAGAUGGCUGGGAGUUGAUCGAACCAACACUGGAUGAAUUAGACCAAAAGAUGAGAGAAGCUGAAACAGAGCCUCAUGAGGGAAAGAGGAAAGUGGAAUCUCUGUGGCCCAUCUUCAGGAUCCACCACCAGAAAACCCGCUAUAUCUUUGACCUCUUUUAUAAGCGGAAAGCCAUAAGCAGAGAACUAUAUGAAUAUUGCAUUAAAGAAGGGUAUGCAGACAAAAACCUGAUUGCAAAAUGGAAAAAGCAAGGGUAUGAGAACUUGUGCUGCCUGCGGUGCAUUCAGACACGGGACACCAAUUUUGGAACAAACUGCAUUUGCCGGGUCCCCAAAAGCAAGCUGGAAGUGGGCCGCAUCAUCGAGUGCACGCACUGUGGCUGCCGGGGGUGCUCUGGCUGAGGCCCACGACCCCUCUCCACCCAGGACCUUGGACUUCGCAGUUGUUGCCUGCUGCACCAACCCCUCUCCUGGGAGCAGCUCUUCCCGCAGAGCGGUGCCCCAGGCCCGAGUUGGAACAUGGUCUCUACAGGUGAAGGCUUUGCUGUCUAUCAGCUGUGAUUUGUAAAAAUAAAACUUUUAAACUUCU